UUCUGCUUUUGUGAACUGACCCUUUUGAUCUCCUUUCGCUUCAACGGAAGCAAAGCUAACGCACAGUGCUCAGAAUGGAUUCAACAGGGGGAAGUCAAAGCGAAAACGAAGAGAAUAAGAGAUAUAGAAAGAGAAAGAGGUCUAACGAAGAAGACACUGCAAAGGCAGAAGCAGAAGAUAAAGAGGCGGAGAACUCAGAUAGGAGUAGCCGAGACUUGGUGCAGGAUGGAGAAGAAGGCGAAGAGAAAGGUACGGUCGGCGCGACGGCGAAGAAGAAUAAGAAGAAGUUGCAGAGUGGAUCAGGAAUCAUGAGCAAUGAGUCUUUCUCUCGGUUGGGCCUCUCAGAACCGACCAUGAAAGCUAUUCAAGACAUGGGAUUUGAGAAGAUGACUGAGAUUCAAGCUAGAGCUAUCCCACCACUUUUGGAAGGCAAAGAUGUUCUUGGAGCUGCAAGAACCGGUUCUGGGAAGACCCUGUCUUUUCUAGUACCAGCCGUUGAACUGUUAUAUCACAUCUGUUUUUCUCAUCGUAAUGGAACAGGUGUUGUUAUCAUUUGCCCAACAAGGGAGCUUGCCAUACAGACACAUGCUGUUGCAAAGCUACUUCUUAAGUACCACACACAAACUCUGGGAUUGAUUAUCGGUGGUGCAUCUAGAAGGGGAGAAGCAGAACGCCUUGUAAAAGGGGUAAAUAUUUUAGUAGCAACCCCUGGGAGACUUCUAGAUCAUCUUCAAAAUACCAAAGGCUUCAUAUACAAAAACUUGAUGUGCCUUAUUAUUGAUGAAGCUGACAAAAUAUUGGAAGCAAACUUCGAGGAUGACAUGAGGAAUAUUAUUAAAAUUCUACCAAAGGAGAGGCAAACAGCUCUUUUCUCUGCUACUCAGACUACAAAGGUUGAAGAUCUUGCACGGGUGUCAUUUCACACAACUCCAGUGUAUAUUGGCGUGGAUGAUGGGAGGUCAAAGGUCACUAAUGAUGGACUGCAUGAAGGCUAUUGUGUCGUGCCAAGUGCUAAGAGAUUUAUUGUUCUCUAUUCUUUCUUGAAGAGAAACCUGUCAAAGAAAGUGAUGGUGUUCUUCUCCUCAUGUAACUCGGUCAAAUUUCACUCAGGCCUUCUCAAAUACAUUAAGAUGGAUUGCUUUGAUAUCCAUGGACAACAAAAGCAAACAAGAAGGACAUCCACCUUUUUUGAUUUCUGCAACACAGAGAAGGGAAUCUUGUUGUGCACUAAUGUAGCAGCUCGUGGGCUUGAUAUUCCUGCUGUGGACUGGAUUGUGCAGUAUGAUCCUCCAGAUGACGUUAGGGAAUAUAUUGCCCGGGUUGGCCGUACAGCCCGUGGAGAAGGUGCAGAAGGUCAUGGCUUGCUCUUCCUGAUACCAGAGGAGUUGCAAAUUCUUCGUUAUCUUAAGUCAGCUAAGGUACCAAUUGAAGAGUAUGAUUAUGAUGAAAAGAAGCUGGCAAACAUGCAGUCUGCCCUGGAGAAUCUAGUAACAAACAACCAUUACCUGCACCAGUCUGCUAAGGAUGCAUACAAAUCAUAUAUAUUAGCAUACAAUUCGCAUUCUAUGAAGGAUGUUUUCAAUGUCCACCGCCUUGAUCUUCAGGCUGUUGCUGCUUCAUUUGGCUUUUCUUGUCCUUCAAAAGUAAAUCUUAACAUAGACAGUAGUGCAUCAAAGUUUAGAAAGAAGAUGCAUAGAAUUGAAGGGAGCCGAAGUGGGUUCAGUGAAACCAACCCUUAUGGAAGGAAGAACUGUGAAGAUGAUAAACGACAAUUUGUAAGGUACUAGCAGAAUCUGCAGUGUUGGAUAAGUAUGGUUCUGUUAUAAUAUUUGGUAGAGGUGUCUUACCUCUCAGCCAAGUUCCAGGCUUCCAGCUAAGUUGCUAACAAGUUUUGUCUUGUUUUUUGAGAUAUUUAUCAUCUUUUAAU